AUGGCGCACGCGCAAGCACACUCCCCGCCGCCGCUCGAGGCGCCGAGUCUCGACGAGCAGCGCGCUGGGGCUGGGGGACAGGGCGGCCCAGCCCCGCCGGCGCUGGGACAGGCGAUGCAAGCCCAGCAGGUGCCGCAGCAGUUGCCGCCGCAGAUGUUUACGACGGCCGCGCAGCUGCUGGAUUUAACUGAUAAGAAACUUAUGGUUGCCCUACGCGACGGAAGGAAACUAAUUGGCGUGUUGAGAAGCUGGGACCAGUUCGCGAACCUAGUCCUCCAAUCCACAUCCGAGCGCCUCUUCACUCACUCUCCGCCACUGCAGUUUGCGGACGUGCCGCAAGGGACCUUUCUGGUGAGAGGUGAAAACGUGUUGUUGCUGGGCGAGGUGGACCUCGAUAAGGAUGAUGAUGUGCCAGUGGGCUUUGAGAGGGGAGAUGUGGCGGAGGUGCAGGCGCGGGUGGCGGGGGAGAGGAAGGUGAGGGAGAGGAGGGAGAAGGAGAGGGGGAGGGUGUUAAGAGGGGAGGGGUUUGUGGGGGAGGAUGGCGAAGGGACGUUUUAGGCUUGCUUUUGUGGUUUUGUGGGGUGAUGGGGGGUUCUAGAGGGGAGAAGAAGGGCUAUCAGAGCAGAAUAUUGUGAAAUGCUUCUUUUGGCCGGGGAAGGGAUUUGCUUUGGCUUCUUCUGCGGCUGCUGCCAAGCAUUUUGACGUGUGGGGAGGAUGGAGGGACAGGGCGAAAAACGACCAUAGAAUCACGGACAAAGAAUUCAAAAUUUACAAAUUUGCGGGGCGAAAGAUGGGGCACUGCUGC